GCUGGCUGUUGUCGGUGCUUGUGUGUGUUUGUGCGAUUGGUGUCCGUGUGAUUUUGUGAAUCGUGAUUUUAAAUAAGAACACGAAAUGUGCGUAACGGUCAGCCUCCCACCGACGAUCGCACGAUUCAAUGCGGCGCUCGGUAUGUAAGGUGAUCUUUUCGAUCGUGUUGUGGCUGGACGAUUCGCGGAGCAGCUUGGCUGUGCCGAAGCCCAAUCCGUUUCUCUUGUCAGGUGUUCCGUAUCCUCGUGUAAAAAAACAAACUGAAGAACGCUUGUGGUAAUCAAACGCGAACUAGCGAGCAUGACACUUGCGUUUCGACGAAAUCUGGGCUAACAGCGUCACGGCGGAAGGCGAUCCCACCGAUCAUCAUACUCAAAUGGCGCGCAUCGAAAGCUGGCAAGACGUGCUGGACAGCACCUGCGACCGCAUUCGGCAAGGAAACGGGUUUAGCGCGUUCGCCGCCCUCGAGUCCAACGAGGACAGGGUCAAGUUCUGCCUCCGCAACGAAGUGGCCAGGCCUCGACUCCAGCACUGGCUCACGGUGCUCUGUUCGUCCAAGCACCGCAAGUUCUGGGAGAAGGCGUCCGAACUACGCAGCGAGGGCAACCUGUGCUUCAACCGCAAGCAGUACGCCAAGGCGGCCGAGCUCUACACGCAGAGCGUGCUGUCGGCGCCGUUUCCGGACACCCCGGACGCGGACGGCCACUCGGAAGAGAUGUCGUUGGGGUUCGCGAACCGGUCUGCCGCUUUUUUCCACGCGGGGAAGUACAAGCAGGCCCUGUGCGAUGUUCGAUACGCCUUCGAGCUGGGCUACCCCGUCCACCUCCGGUACAAGCUGUACCUGCGAAAGGGGCAGUGCUACCUCCGUCUCGGCAAGCCCCGGGAGGCCCUCGAGAACUUCGAUCUCGCCAACAAGUCGCUGCGUCGUGCUGCGCUCGAGGGACGCAAGCUCGCGCAACAGUGUAAGGAGAUUGACACAUUCAAGGCUCUCUGCUCUCAGGACUGUGCGCCCACGCCGACGAGCGAGGAGGAAGACCCUGACGACGAAUCGCAGGUGCCGGAUGUUGCUUACGGUGCCCAUGGGACAGUGCCUUCUUGCAGCAUGGCGGUGGACAUGCUGUAUAGUACGGAGAAGGGCCGGUUUCUAGUGGCCAACCGCGACCUUCAGCCAGGGGACGCCAUCUUUGUAGAGCGUCCAUAUGCAUCGGUUCUACUUCCCGGGCACACGAAGACCAACUGCCAGCACUGCCACAAGCGGCUUCUCAACGCCGUGCCUUGUGCGCAGUGCAACCAGGUGCGGUACUGCUCGUUCGCCUGCGCCAAGGACUCGUGGAACUCUUAUCACCGCUGGGAGUGUGGGAACCUCAACCUCCUGUACUCCGUCGGAAUUGCACACCUCGCUGUCAGGGUGCUGCUCGUCACGGGGCUGUCGGGGCUUGCGGAUUUCUGUCGCCAUCUCGCGGAAGGGAAAGUCGACGUGGACAAAAACGGCGGCUAUGGGUCGGUCCAUGAGCUUGUGACACACUCGGAAAAGAUGCAUGUGGAAGACCUCUUGCAGUACUCCCUCACAGCGGCGCUGCUGUCAAUGCUUCUAGAUCACGUCUUGUUCUUCAAUGUCGACGAGGCCUCCUGGAAGAUGAGCGAACUCAGUUUCGGCUCUAGGAAUGGCUCGAGCUAUCGUCUGGCGUCGACGGACGUUGCAGCUCUGAAGACGGUUGUUGGAGGUCUUUUGCUACGUCACAUCCAACAGCUCGUCUGCAAUGCUCAUGCCAUCACCAGCCUGGAGUCAAAGACCUCCCAGGAAGAUGAUGUCGUCAUGACAACGGAACAAGUCCGCAUUGCUACCGCCAUCUACCCGAGUGCCAGCUUGAUGAACCACUCGUGCGACCCUAAUAUCUUCUCAAGCUUCCGCUGUGGGUCAACGCUUGUUGUUCGUGCCAUCCGCAGAAUCCAAGAGGGUGAGGAGGUCCUCAACUGCUACGGUCCGCACCAUCGUCGGAUGUCAUUUGCUGAACGACAGCAGCUACUGCAGGAGCAGUAUUUCUUCGUGUGUUCUUGCACGGCUUGCAGCUCCGGUGAGGACGCUGAGCAACGUCUUCAGGCCUUGAAGUGCGAGUAUUGCGAAGGACCGCUGAAGCAGCCAGACGACAGUGGAAAGGCGACUUGCCUUGACUGUGGCACAACUCAGGAAUGUCUAGGAAGUGAGCAGAAAGCUUUCCGGAUGCACGACCUCUACGUUCAGGGUGUCCAGUUGGCUGAGAAAGGAAAUCAUGUGGAGGCUCUUCAGCGGCUGAACAAGUGCCUAAAGACUCGUGAGAAGGUUAUGUACAAACACAACCUCAAGCUCCUUGAGGUCAAGGACAUGGUGGCUAAAUGUCUCUGUUCCUUGGGCGACUUCCGGUCAGCGUCGGGUGUCUUGAAGCCCGCUGUGGAUGCUGUGCGAGUCAUCUAUGGAGAAAAUAGCAUCGAGCUUGCCUACGAACUGCAGAAACUUUCUGAUGUAUUGGUCAGUGCUCUUCCGCAGGCGGUUAAAGAGGAGGCGUCCUCGGAGGAAAUAAGCAAGCUUGUCAAAGAUGCUGAUGCUGUCAUUGACGAAGCCAUGACGAUCUUCAUUCUGCAUUACGGCACGCGACACCGGACGACACGUGAUCAGCAGGUAAAAAGAAGGAUGUUAGCGAGUGCAUUGUAAAGGCUCUUGACAGUCAUUUACGCGGAGAACUUUUUUUUCCAAUUUCAGGUAUUGCCCGUUAUUUAUUGUUCUGAUUGCAGGGUAGCUUGCAAACAUUUCUGAUGACUAGUUCAAGUUUUUUUCCUUGUUUUCUCUCAGUGGCACCUUUGAAAUAUCAACUGACCAAAGACUGCCAUUUCUCUUGUGAGUCUUUUUUUGUUUUUAAAUGAAAGAGGGUACGGAGCAGGGUUACACAAGCUGGUUAAAAGAUUUCAUAAAACAAUUGUUAGACUUUGGCUUACUAUUUCUUGAAUAAGGCCUUUAUGUUAACUAAGCUUGGCACAUCUUAUUGUUUUGUUCAGACACAAUAGUUCUAACUAAAAUAGGUGUUGGAGGCUCAUAUGCUUUUUUUUUUUCUCUUUCAACUACUUUACCUUGUGAAAAAAUGGUCAUAUGGCUUUGACAUAUUAAAUGUCAUUUAGAAAUCUCCCUUGGUGAUAAAUAUUUAAUUCAGUCAUGCUUGCUUGAGAUGGGCCAACACACACUAUGAUGAGAGCAAAGAGCACCAGGAGCAACAAAUUGGGUAGAUGGAAAACCUCCUGUAGCCAACAGCUGCUUAUGGCAGUAGGUGUAUUAGAAAACAACCUUGCAAUGACGUCCUCUGAAAAAAAAAAAGAAAAAAAAAAAGGUAAUCUGGUUUUGCUUUCGCCCCUUACAACUUCUGCAGCUGUUCUAUUUUUCACAAUCCUGUUUUCCCUCCAGGUAUAUCUCAUUUUGCUUUUCUUUUCAGUAGCAGCAGUUAGCAUUCAUGAUUCUGUAUUUCUGCAUCGUUCUUGGAACUAAAAUGCUUGUUUCUCUUCCACGAUGCCCGCAUACUUUCCUCGAACUGUGAAAACGAUUUGUGCGCUGCUCUGAUGUCAAAGGGAAUGCAGUCUUGUAUUUUGUUUUGCCAGCCUAGGUUGCUGCAGGUCGUCAUGGUAGUCAUGUCCCCUGUCCAGUACAUGUACACUGCACAACCCUGUUAGUGCAAACACAACUUUGGUACUUUAUGCAUUUUACUUUGAAAGGGUAUUGGCAGGCAUAAAAUUUUCUAAGAGAAUGGGGUCGCUGCCGAGCACAAUGAGCCAAAACAUGUAAUCGCAAGUAAUAAGGUUGUGCUUCUCGAAAAAAUCCGCGGACAAGGAGGUAUACACGAUGUUCCGGGCGGACGCCCUUCUUCAAGACUUGAAGAAGGGCGUCCGCCCGAAACGUCGUGUAUACCUCCUUGUCCGCAUAUUUUUUCGAGAAGCACAACCUUAUUACUUGCGAUUACGUGUUUUAAAAUUUUCUCACUCAGGUCAGUGCCUCAAGUGACUGCUUUUCACCCCACUAGUAGUUUUGAUGACAGCCAUUUGAUUCCGAAAGAAAAAGGAAAAAAAAGAACAGUGAUCACUUGUUUGCGCUAGCAGUCUUGUGCAGUGCACCUUUAGAUUUUGGCUUGAUGUCGAUCGCUCUUCAAGAAACGAUUUUUGCUUGAUUAUCUAGCUCUGCACUAGCAGUCUGUUACAAUAUGAUGCCUAGAUGAAGCAAUUAAAUGAACAAUAAAUUAAAAGCAAUGCGCAAAAAGAGAUGCGCACUAUGCAAGUGGUGAUUUUAAUCUAUUAAGUCAUGAACCAACUUGCCUGCAUUGCUACCGUAAAGGGGUGCAGAUAUUCAAAUUUCGGUCGGAAGAGUCAGGCACGACGGAUAAUAGCUGUAAAUGAUUAUCGCCCGUUUGUGUUUUGAACGACUGACUAUAUUUUUCGUUCCAAACGGUGCACUCGAGCAAGCGCUUGAAGAGAAGCGAACAGAGAGCGUGAUGCGUUAUGGGAUAUCCGGCGCAAACAAAAACAGAAAGAAAAGAUUCCCCGCAUUCAUGACGUAGCAAGGCUGGCGUGGUUAUGAGCUUCGCCGUUGGUGGCAUUGUCAGCGUUGUGGUGAUGUCAAUAGCGUCAACGCAAUACAACUGAGCCGUUCGAAGUACCCAUAGGGUGACGAGCGUGUGGCUGGUCCAAGGAGCACUUAGCUUCCACAGCACUGUCAGCUUAGGGGUGAACAAGGUGGGAAAAGCAACUUUUUUCAAAAUUUUGAGCAAUGGGCUAAUCUUCUAGGGGGGAGAAUGGCUGUGUCCAGGUACACAAACGAGGGUUUGGAACAAUGCGCAGUUUGUGAGUUGAGGAAAGCUAUGAAGGGGAAAAUGUUGAAUUCCAAAGAGCAGCACUGCUCUCAUGGAGCUUGCUACGUCAUGACUACGUAGCAACUUCCCCAACUUUGCUAGAUUACCUCCCAAAUAGGCUCCACAUGCAUCCACCAAGUGCACAUUGAAAGAUUGUUUAAUUAGCUUUAAAUGCAACACGUUAAGGUUAAAAAAUGAGUGCUGGAAUUUUGUUUCCGUACCCCUUUAAGUUCGGUGAACAGGUAUGUGUCUCUUCGAUUUAUGGAAUAAGUGCCGAUACUCCCAGAGUGUUUUUUAUUUACACUCGUUGCUUCAAGGCCCCUUCUCUAAUUUCAAGCAAUAUCAUAAUCUCAUUCAUUUUGUUGCGACAAACAUCCAAGCGGUUCCUAGAUCUGCCAUGACAAUAAAAUAAAUUCUGGUAAAUUGAGUUAGUGACAAUUGUUAUGUCGUGAAACUUGGCAGUGUUUUUGAGUAAAAUACUGGGGUUCUAUGCAGUGUCCAUGACAUGCUCAUGUUUUCUAUUUUAAGCAGAUAGCAGCAUCAAUACCAACUUACUUUGAGUUUCCUGCAAACUUCCAUGCAGCAUACGUAGGCUGUAGACUUUCCGGUUUCCUUCGCAAAACACCGAUAAACAUCCACCGGUGUCAAAGGUACAAAAUCGAUUAGAACUGAGGAACACAUAUCUGGGAAUUUUUGCUUUGAGCAAGGACCGUUUUUGUCAGAAAUACCCUUCUCGACUGGUCGGGUGCAUGCUCUUACCUAGAAUCAAGCAUACUGCCAGCCCUUAAUCACUGAAAUCACUGACCUUGGAAGGCACUGCCAUGAGAGUUUUGUCAGAGAAUCGAUCGCCAUGGAUUGCCCCAGUGUUUUUCUUCUAUUCAGGUUAGCGCUGGAUGACAAUGUGUGAAACUAAAUUGGUUGUCGCAUUUCGCGAAAAGUGCAAGAGCAACUUUACUUUUUCUUUGUGGAAACAUUUUGCUCGAGAACAAUUUAAUUUUUUUUUCACGACACAGAGCAGCUGGGUUGCAGUAUACAAAGAAAAUGAAAAGCUCCGAAUGCUGACGCUAAAGGGCACUUGGACUUUAGCCCGUCUUCAAACUCUUUGUUGGUGGUUUGCAAGUACAUUAUGAUGAUUAUGAUAAGUGUGCAUUAUAAGUGUCUAUACUAAUCAUAAAUUAAACUUGAACUCUUAUUUUUUUAUGACUCGCAGAUAGUUACCAUUUUAGCAUCUGUACGAAAGAAAUGACUGAGGUACACCCAUUUUUUAGAAAUAAAUCAUCACCGAAAACCAUUUGCCGCUUUUCCUUAUAUGUAUGAGCCUGAAAAUCUAUUGUCUGGUUAUAUGAUGCUUGUAAGGCACGAGCAAUAACGAGGCAGUGGCUAAAAUGUAACUUUCACUUUGUCAGCAAUUAGAGCAUCAAACCCUUUCUAGCAAAAAAAAAAAAAAAAAAAAAAAAAGCAACCUUAGGACGAUGCAAAUUUGAGCGCUAAUCUGUCUUCACCAGGACUGAAAUAUAUACAUGUGGCAAGUCCGAAAUUGUCUUUAGCUCCCCUUUAAAACACACCACCUUUCCAAAAGAUGCAUAAAUGAAUUCGGAUCUAUCACACUGAACAUGAGCAGUUUUUAAGUACCGAACACCAAAUUACACUGCAGAUUUAGUGCCACUUAUCUGAAGGUACUCAUUGAAAUUGAGUUGAAAUGGUCGUAUGCUUACAUUGUACCAAGUCUAUUUUUCUUUGUUUUAGGGUCUAUUUUCCUUCGAAUUCGGGGUUUUUGAUCUAUUUCAGAAUCAGUGUUUUUUGAUGUUUACUUUCAGUGCAUUCCAAGAAAUUGGGGUUUAUCGGAGCUAAUGUUAUAAAACGACUGUAUAUCUAUAGAUUUGAUACCCUUUCAAGGGUCCAUGGAACUUAUGUCUGUGUGACUCAAAUACUUGGAAAACAUCAUCCCGGUACCGACAACAGGAGAGGGUGGCCCAUGGCAAAGGAGCUAAAAAAAAAAAAAACAAAAAACUUUAAUGACAAAUAGUAUGGGUUGUAUUCAGGGUCACAGAAAGAGUGCUGCAGAUUGCUUUCCCCCAAACCGCGGAUUUUCCUAUUCAAGGGCAGCUCCAGAUCUAAGUUUUUCGAUGUUCUCCGAUUCCGAGAACUUUGGGGGCGUUAUUUAUCGGGGUUUAUUGGUAUUUACUGAAAACGCAGAACCCUUGUUAUAACCAUGGACUUGUUUAGUUCAGUGAAAAUCAUGUUUAGCAUCUUAGCCAGAAAAUGGCAAUGCACAACUCUGGUAUCAUAAAUCUAAAGAAAGAGUUGAGAACCUCGAGACUGACUUUGGCCACAACCUUGAUCCUUCCAUGUGCCCAUUAAAAUUGUUUCAGUAUUAUAUGAUGUUAAGAAUUUUACCCGGGUCUGCCCUGCUUGUUUUUAAGGUAGUGUAAACUUCAUACUACAUAAAUUCACAUCCUUUGGAAUAAUUUGGGGAGUAGUAUUGCUCCACUAAAGUUACCCAAAAGCCAGUUAGUUUGCACUUGAAUUAUGACUAAAGAAUUACACAGUUAAUUUUGUUUUAGUUUUCUCAUACAAUGCUAGAGGUGUGUGUAAAGAGAUGUGGUUCACUUUGAACCCUGGUUUCUGGUUCAGAGGCUCUGUGGCACUUUGAUGUAUUUUAGUUUAGAGCUCGGCGUCAUGCCAUGCUUUUGAGAAGAGCAGAAAACUGCGUUUAUAAAAGAGUGUAGCCCUCUAUGUUCCAUACUGAUACAUCACGGACAAUUCUGUAUAGCAGACAAGUUUCCUGGCCACCAAAGUAGCGGUAAAGUCGUUGAAUUCUUUCUAAUUCUUUCAUGCACCAUGUACGAGCGCGGCAGAAUAUUCUGUGCGCUCCAAAAAAAAAAAUCAUUUUUUAUAACAUUAAAGACAGAUUUCUCACUCAACUUUACAGGGUAUGCUCCGAUUUACUAAAUGGCGCGUUUGGUCUACAAACUGCGCAGUGUUCUCCCUGUCAAUUUAAGCACCCUUUUGCCAGUAUUGCCGCUAUUUUUUUUUAAAUUAACCUUGUUUUUGUUUUAGUGUUUUUGAAAACAAAUUGAAGGGGGGUAUUAGCACCUAAAUUAGUAUUCUUACCAAGAUGCCUUCUGCCCAUUUCACGUUCUGUCUUUGAAAGUUAUCUUUGCUUUAUCCGCAUAUAGACGAAUUGUAUAAGAAGUCCUGAACCGUUUUUGACGUGGCGUCAUUUCCCUUGCGCAGCGCUAAAUCAUUGAUUGCUUUCUUUCUGUACCGGCAAUAGGAUUAUCUCCUUUGUGAUUAUGCUGUUCUUUACACGCCCUAGAGGCUUACUAUACCUAUUGGUUAUAUUUCAUCUGACCAUAGUGCAUCGAAACUGUGAAAUACUCGGGAGAUGAGUGUUGCAUGUGUCUGGUGUGUUGGAGUUUCUGUGUGCCAACGAACUCUGUGCUUUUGGAGCACGUUUCUUAUCAGGGUGCUGUUAAGGAUCUCCGGUUUUUUGUUUUUUUUUUUGUACGCUGAGUUUGGAUGGUAUCAAAGUAAGAAAAAAAUAGUGUACCUUCUGAUAGCUUUUUUCCAUGGAAGGUUUGUAGUUGGUGGUACCGUCGAAGUGAUGUUUUCUACGUACGUGGAAUGAUGACAUUUUUUUCACCUUUCUAAGGGCCUACUAUAAAGUGAAUGGAGACAAUGAAUUAUGCAUUUAACAGAAAGCCAGUUGCUGCUGUGCAUGGUUAGGGAAAGGUUGUGACGGUCUUUUUAGUAUGUAAAUUGUGGCAAUAAAUGUGUUUGUGGAA